UCUCACCUCAGUCUGGGGGGGUUUGUGUGCAUCUGCAGGUUUUCUCCAGAGGCGGCGUCACGCAGAGGUUUGAGCACAGCAGAAAUGAACGCAGUAGAAGCCAUACACAGAGCGGUGGAGUUCAAUCCACACGUACCGAAAUACCUCUUAGAGAUGAAGAGUUUGAUUCUGCCUCCGGAGCACAUCCUGAAGCGCGGCGACAGCGAAGCCAUCGCCUACACCUUCUUCCACCUGCAGCACUGGAAGCGUGUGGAGGGCGCACUCAACCUGCUCCACUGCACCUGGGAGGGGACUUUCAGAAUGAUUCCAUAUCCUCUGGAGAAAGGCCACCUGUUCUAUCCGUAUCCCGUCUGUACAGAGACAGCGGACCGAGAACUGCUACCAAUGUUCCACGAGGUGUCAGUGUAUCCCAAGAAGGAGCUGCCAUUCUUCAUCCUGUUCACGGCGGGUCUCUGCUCCUUCACAGCUAUGCUGGCGCUCCUCACGCAUCAGUUCCCAGAGCUCAUGGGAGUGUUUGCUAAAGCCUUCCUGAGCACUCUGUUCGCUCCGCUGAACUUCAUCAUGGAGAAAGUGGAGAGCUUUCUUCCCUCGAGUCUGUGGCACCAGCUCACGCGGAUCUGAUCUCACGGAUAUGCAUUAUUAUUGACUGAGGUGCCAAGUUCUUCAGAAGUGCCCCGACAGCCAGGAAACAAGAGAAACACAACCCACAUCAAACGCAGAAGGAAUUUAUUUCCCCCUCGAUCUCCUGUAAAUCUUUUCUGUUGAAAACUUUUAAACGCCAUCAGUAUCUAAAGAAAAAAUAAAUCAAUUUCUGUACUGCGGCAAAACAGACGUCUCCAUUUUUGAA